GUGGAGGAGGGGCGCGCCGCGGCCCGAGCCGCCGGGCCCUGAUGGGCGGGAGCGGGGUGGAGCGGCAGCGCCUGCCACGCAGCCCUGGGCGCUGGGCUCCGCGGCCGCGCUCCCGAGACAGCCGCGGGUCCAGGCAGGUGGGGGAGGGCGCUGCUCCCGUCCUGAGGUGCCAGGAGCCACCAGCAGCCAUCCAGGUGACUAAGCCGGCCCACAGGCAUUGAGUCACCACCCGCCUCGAGCUGUUCCUGCUUCUCCUUUGCAUCUGAUUAUUUUGGGAGCUGGAAACUUGGAGCUGCACCUGAGUCCCGCCCCUUCUAGCUCCCCCCUCCCUACCUUGGGCUCCAGGAAGAUGGGACGUGCUGUGAGUCUGCUCCCACCCCCUAAAGAUAUGGAAGAUGCUGUGGGGGCCAGAGGUGCCCACAGGGCUGUGGCAGCAGGCAGAGUGCAAUAGCAGAUAUGGUGGUCAGGCUGCCGCUGUGUGUCCUCUGGAGGUGUCGGGACAGAAGGGCAGUCUUGUUCGAGAUGACUGGAGUCCUUCCGGGCUGGCUCUGAACUCAUCUCCCACGGGGAUGUUUCUGUAAAGGAGUGGCUUCUGGGGUCGGAGUGGCAUUUGGAGAGCGAGGCUGGAUUGGCUUAGGCUGGCCUGGGCAGGGCCAGGCAGCACCCAUGUGCGUCUCUGCUGAGCUCACAGGGACACAUUCAGUGAGAAGGGCGCUGGCCAGGGCAUGGCUUCCCACAGUCAGGACCCAGUGGGUGCCACCCUCAAGCCCCUGGUCCCCACAGGGCAUGCCCCAGUGUGUGUCAGGAGAAGGGGGGAGGUCCCACCUCCCCCACACAGCUGGCAGCUUUGCGGGCACACCGGGAGUGCCGCUUCCUGGGUUAGAGACAAGCACCAGCCUGCAGUGGAGAACGUGGGGCCCCGCUGCCCAGAAGCAGCAGCCACGGCCUGCGGAGGACUGGCCCAGGAAGGUCCCAGGUGUUCUCUCUCCUCCGCGCCUCAGAGAGCAGCCCACUGAGGGGUGAGGAGUCGCGAGAAAGAGGCGGAAGGCACCAGGAGGCACCAUGUUCCGCAAGAAAAAGAAGAAACGCCCUGAGAUCUCGGCCCCACAGAACUUCCAGCACCGUGUCCACACCUCCUUCGACCCCAAAGAAGGCAAGUUUGUGGGCCUCCCCCCACAAUGGCAGAACAUUCUGGACACACUGCGGCGUCCCAAGCCCGUGGUGGACCCUUCGCGAAUCACGCGGGUGCAGCUCCAACCCAUGAAGACAGUGGUGCGCGGCAAUGCGGUGCCUGUGGAUGGCUACAUCUCGGGACUGCUCAACGACAUCCAGAAGCUGUCAGCCAUCAGCUCCAACACCCUGCGUGGCCGCAGCCCCACCAGCCGGCGGCGGGCACAGUCCCUGGGACUGCUGGGGGAUGAGCACUGGGCCACCGACCCAGACAUGUACCUCCAGAGUCCUCAGUCUGAGCGCACUGACCCCCACGGCCUCUACCUCAGCUGCAACGGGGGCACACCAGCAGGCCUCCAGCAGAUGCCAUGGCCCGAGCCACAGAGCCCACGGGUCCUGUCCAAUGGGCUGGCUGCAAAGGCUCAGUCCCUGGGCCCCGCUGAGUUCCAGGGCGCCUCGCAGCGCUGUCUGCAGCUGGGUGCCUGCCUGCAGAGCUCCCCACCAGGAGCCUCGCCCCCCACAGCCACCAGUAGGCAUGGAAUGAAGGCUGCCAAGCAUGGCUCUGAGGAGGCCCGGCCACAGUCCUGCUUGGUGGGCUCAGCCACGAGCAGGCCAGGUGGGGAAGGCAGCCCUAGCCCUAAGACCCAGGAGAGCAGCCUGAAGCGCAGGCUAUUCCGAAGCAUGUUCCUGUCCACUGCUGCCACAGCCCCUCCAAGCAGCAGCAAGCCGGGCCCUCCACCACAGAGCAAGCCCAACUCGUCUUUCCGACCACUGCAGAAAGAAAACCCCCCAAGCCUGGUGGCCAAGGCCCAGUCCUUGCCCUCGGAUCAGCCGGUGGGGACCUUCAGCCCUCUGACCACCUCGGAUACCAGCAGCCCCCAGAAGUCCCUCCGCACAGCCCCGGCUACAGGCCCACUUCCAGGCCGGUCUUCCCCAGCGGGCUCCCCCCGCACCCGGCACGCCCAGAUCAGCACCAGCAACCUGUACCUGCCCCAGGACCCCACUGUCGCCAAGGGCACCCUGGCUGGUGAGGACACAGGUGUUGUGACGCAUGAGCAGUUUAAGGCAGCGCUCAGGAUGGUGGUGGACCAGGGCGAUCCCCGGCUGCUGCUGGACAGCUACGUGAAGAUUGGCGAGGGCUCCACCGGCAUUGUCUGCUUGGCCCGGGAGAAGCACUCGGGCCGCCAGGUGGCCGUCAAGAUGAUGGACCUCAGGAAGCAGCAGCGCAGGGAGCUGCUCUUCAACGAGGUGGUGAUCAUGCGGGACUACCAGCACGUCAACGUGGUGGAGAUGUAUAAGAGCUACCUGGUGGGCGAGGAGCUGUGGGUGCUCAUGGAGUUCCUGCAAGGAGGAGCCCUCACGGACAUUGUCUCCCAAGUCAGGCUGAAUGAAGAGCAGAUUGCCACUGUGUGUGAGGCUGUGCUGCAGGCCCUGGCCUACCUCCAUGCCCAGGGCGUCAUCCACCGGGACAUCAAGAGCGACUCCAUUCUGCUGACCCUUGAUGGCAGGGUGAAGCUCUCGGACUUCGGAUUCUGCGCUCAGAUCAGCAAAGACGUCCCUAAGAGGAAGUCCCUGGUGGGAACCCCUUACUGGAUGGCUCCUGAAGUGAUCUCCAGGUCUUUGUAUGCCACUGAGGUGGAUAUCUGGUCUCUGGGCAUCAUGGUGAUUGAGAUGGUGGAUGGGGAGCCACCCUACUUCAGCGACUCCCCAGUGCAAGCCAUGAAGAGGCUCCGGGACUGCCCCCCACCCAAGCUGAAGAACUCUCACAAGGUCUCCCCCAUGCUUCGAGACUUCCUGGAGCGGAUGCUGGUGCGGGACCCCCAAGAGAGAGCCACGGCCCAGGAGCUCCUAGACCACCCCUUCCUGCUGCAGACAGGGCUGCCCGAGUGCCUGGUGCCCCUGAUCCAGCUCUACCGCAAGCAGACCUCCACCUGCUGAGCCCACCCUGAGUAUGCCUGCCACCUGUGCCCACAGGCAGGGCACACUGGGCAGCCAGCCUGCCAGCAGGGCUUGCCUGCCUCGUUUUCUCAGUAUUCUCUCCAAAGAUUGAAAUGUGAAGCCCCAGCCCCACCCUCUGCUCCUCAGCCUACUGGGCCAGGCCGGACCUGCCCCCUCAGUGUCUCUCCCUCCCAAAUCCCCAGGUGGAGACCCUUUCCACAGGAUGACCCCUUGGUAUUUGCACAGGGAUAUUUCUAAGAAACGCAGAGGCCAGCAUUCCUGGCCCCUGCAGCCCACACAGCAGAAAAGGCUGCUGUGGUUUUUUAAAGGUAGUUGUACACUAGCGUCCUAGGCCACUGCGGAGGCUGGACUGCUGGUCUCCACACAGAUACUUGCUGUUCUCAGCUCCAGCUUCAAACCUCGGGUCUCAAGGGGGCCACAGCAAUGGUUUUCAGGACCUGAACCCUGCUUCCUCCCUUGUGUCUGAUGUCCUGAAGGCGCAGUCCCACAUGCACUGCCUGCUCCAGGCCAUGGCUGGGGGUGAGGAGUGAGGGGGCAAUUUCUGAGUGAAAGAAUGGGGUCAGUGGUGAAGGUGCUCUCACUUUACAGGAUGGAGAGAACGUGUGUGUGUCUGACAGCCCAGGUCCCUUCAGGUCACCCACAGCCAGCUCCAGGAAGGCUGCCCCAUCCUCUCUCCCACUAAGUUCUGGCCUGAAGGGGCCUGCUUUCUUGGCCUGGCUUCCACCUCUCCAGUCCUAUGUCAACCUGACCAGUGGCAUGGUCCAAACGGAGUCCAACGUAUCCUGGGGGCUUGGGACGUUUCUGAGCUUCUCCCGGACUGUGAAGUGUGAGGACCAGAGACAGGAAUGUAGGGAAUGGUAACUGUUUUACCUUUCAAGUUUAACUCAAUCACAAGGUCAUCAGGGAACCAUUGUUCUCUUCAGAGCCCUGUCUGGGAGAGAAGCUGAACCGCCUCUGGGUUUCCAUCAUGUCAAGGUCACGAGCACCCAUUUGUGCAAACCAUCUGCCCCGGCUGCCUCCACAGACAGCUGUCUCCUUGUCCUCCUCCGCCUCCAACUUCAGGGCUGCUGUGAGGUGGAAAUUCUGGGAAAGAACUUCAGGUGUCUGGACCCUUUCUAUCUAGAUAAUAUUUUUAGAUUCUUCUGCUCCCUAGUGACCUUCCUGGGGGCAAAGAAAUUGCAAGGACUUUUUUUUAAGGGUCAGUUUUCAAAACAAAAGCAUCUUCCCUAGAAAUUUUUGUGAAUUGUUGCACUUGUGCCUGUUUUAAAUUAACUUGAGUGUUCAAAGCCA